GCAAAUGAGCCGCAUCCCACACAGAUAUAAAGGACUGCAGCCAUCAUCAGGACUUAUUGCCCAUCAGUAUUCACCAGGAUGGAGGGCGGCCCAGAGCAGCUGCAUCUGGCCAAGGCACUAGGGGAGGCUGGGGAUGGGAGGGACUUGACUGAAAUCCAGGAGCUGGCCCUGAAGUGGUUCAUGGAGACACAGGCCCCCUCUAUCCUGCAAAAUGGAGCUCUGCCCCCCUGGUUUCAUGGAUUCAUCACUCGCAAGCAGACAGAGCAGCUACUCAGGGACAAAGCUCUUGGUUCCUUCCUCAUCCGCCUCAGUGACCGGGCUGUCGGCUACAUCCUGUCUUAUAGGGGUAGUGACCGCUGCCGCCAUUUUGUCAUCAACCAGCUCCGAAAUCGACGUUACCUUGUCUCAGGAGACACCCUCAGUCACAGCACCCUGGAAGAGCUCCUACGCCAUUACCAGGAAGUGCAGCUUGAGCCUUUUGGGGAGACCCUUGCUGCUGCUUGCCCACGGCUAGAGGAAAAUGACCUGUAUGACGCUGUCAACACGGGCCUCCAGCAAACUAAUCUAGGCCUGGAAAAUCCAGCUGCCAUGGAAUUUCCCACCGUGGUUCCUGACAAGGCCACCAGCCCUCGCCUUCCUGCAAAGCCCCAGGUCUCCUUCCUGCACACCAAGAAAGGCCUGGAUGUGAGUCCCUGGACUGUCUCAAAAGAAGAAAGUGCAGAGGCACCCACUAGAGCGCCCCCCAUUCCCCAGAGGAGUCCCUCUCUUCUGGAUGAGCCUUCUGCAGGCCCCAGUGAUAUCAUUUACGCAGACCUGAAGAAGACAAACCGCGCACAGCAAGGCCUGGGCACAGAGGUGUCCGGCAGACACAGGCCAGCUCCAGCUGGCAGCCUGGCUUGUUCCCCAGGCAGGAAGCCCUCAAGGAAUCUCUCAGAUGAAGACCAGAACAAUUUCAAUAGCCCAGAGCCUGCCCCGUCUUGGGUGAAGACAGACCAGUGUGCUACAAUACCUUACAGUUCCUUAGGAUUGCCCCUGCCCCCCAAUUCUGAGGCCCUGGGACCACGGGCUACUAUUUGGAAGCAGGGGUUUCGAAAGCUGAGCCACGAUGAGGCUCAAUCCUCCUCUGAGGCCAGCUCUACGGAUACCUACCAGCUUGUUGGAACAGCAGGCCUACGACAGGAGAGUAGGGAUAGACCAGACCAAGGAGGCAGCCCUUAUGAGCAGAUUCCAACCUGCUGGCAAAGCACUACUAAGUUCCCAUACCCUGGAACCAGUCCCACCUACAGCCAACUAUCAGGGCCCAUGAACUAUGGCUAUGAGAAGAUCUCAGGGACCUCUCAGCUCCCAGAGCCAGGGAACACCUAUGAGCAAAUCCCAGCCUCCAAGAACAAGGACACUGGACGGGUGCACAAGGUGAGUUCCCUGAGGGGGUGGGUGGUCAGGUCCUUACAAAACACCUGGUGAGCCAGACAUGGAGGCACACGUCUUUAAUUCCAGCACUAGAGUAGCAGACGCAGGAGGGGUUUUGUGAGUUUGAGUCCAGCCUGGCUUACACAGUGAACUCUAGGACAGCCAGGACUAUGUAGAGAGAACCUGUGUGGGGUCAAGCAUGAGCAGGUCACUGCUGGUGCUCAGCAGGGCCCAGAACUUUUCCACCUGGUCAUGUAAGGGUGGGAGAAGCAGCUGCUAGAUCAUGGGGUAAAAUGGGGGCUUCUAGCCCACCUAAGAGCUUCCUCUAUGGUAGAGCACUGCCGGGGUUUCUCACAACCCACAGCAGGGCUGUCAGAACCACUGGGAGGCAGAAAGGAGGCCCUUGGCGGUAGUCAUGAAUAAGCAGCUCUCUAGCCUGUGGCUUUGGCCAUGACAAUUUCCCUGAUGAUUAGGUAGGGCUGCCAAAUUCACCAAGAUAAAAAUACAAGGCAUCUAGUUAAAUUUGAAUUGCACAGAAACCAGUAGUUUUGCUAUGUCUCAAAAAAUCAUAACCGUUUAUUUACCUAGAACUCAGAUUUAACUGGGCAGCAUGUAUUUUUACUUGGCAACGCUACCCAAGCUCUCUUUUCCUUGUCUGUAAAAUGGGCUGACCAUCUGGUUAUGCCCAGGGCAGCUGCCCAAGGAACAAUGUCCCACAUCCUUUCCUGGCAAGACACCGUCAGAGGUGGCUCUUAGUGAGUAGGGAGACUCUGUCUGAGGAUUCAUGAUAGAGAGGAGGAGAGCAUGGGGGAUGGGUGGUUAGAACACCAGAGGGAGGUGGCUGCUCCUGGGUGCCAGGGAGGCAGAUGAGCCCACCCACCCCCUCCCCAAUUCCUCAGCUGCCUAUACUGGUGAACAAUAGGAAUGGAAAGGUCCUUCUUUCCUGUGGACACAGCCUCAAGUCCAGGGAAAGCUGAAACUUCCCUCUCCUGGCCUGAACUGGGACAUCCUGAGCUUCAAAGCGAAAGGCCUCUAGGGAACCAGCUCCUCCCUCAGGGCAGGGCUGUGACCUCCUGCUCUAGCUCUUAUCCCCAACAUUUUCUGAGGUGUUGAUCCCCUCAGACUUAGUCAGUGGACUGUCCUUUAAGGACCUCAGAAGCCAUGUCUGCCCUUCCCCCUAGAUGUUCCCAUGUCCUCUUCUAACCCUGGCAGUCCGGUAUAUAACCCCUCCUCUCCUCCAUCCUGUCCCACCAGGGCAUAGCAAGGCCCCAGCUGGCAGGAUGGAGCAGGAAGACCAGGACAUACCCUGGAGGGAAGACGAUGCCCUGCAGUAAUUUCCACCUCUUUUUACAGUCCUCCUUCCCACCACCCUUCCUCAGUCAGACACAGGCAAAGCCUCAUCUUAAAUGUGAAGGCUGAAUGUGGGGUUUGGGGCCCCAGAGAAGCUGGUGGGAGCCAUAUCAGCAUUGUAUCCUGGCAUCGUUUUUCCAGCUUGGGCCUCACCCCAGACCUGAGCUAAGAGCUUCUAAGCCUGGGCCUUCCCCUCUCUGCUGGGGAGCCCAGGCCCCAACCUCUUUCUCUUUCUUCCAGCCUGACAAGUUCCGGAGGCUCUUCUUCACAGACAAGAAGCACAAAUGCUGAGGGAGACCUGGCAUCCAGGCCACACCAGGGAUCACUAGAUACCCUCAGCUCAGCUGAAGGUGUGAUGCAACCAGCCACUGUGGAACCAGGCUCUGGGGUGCAGCCUAGGCACCUGCCUGGAAGGCACGGGAGAGACCUUGCCACCGCCUGCGACUCCUGGAUGUGUCCUCAAUGCUGUCCAUCCACAGAGUGAAGGAACUAAGGCCAGCGAGAGCGGGGACGAACCAAAGGAAGGGUUGGGUGAACACGUAGAGGCCAGGGCUGAGGAACACAUAGAGCCCGCCUCAUACCUCAGAUACUUAGCUAGCAUGUGGCAGGCCCCUUGCCAAGACACACUGCCUUCUUCCAACGGCCUAAAUGACACCAUGCUAUUAGUCCUGAGAACAAAACCAGCUCCCUUCCUCAUGGUCUUGCCAGGCGAUAGGGAGAAGGCCAGGAGCCACAUCCUCUGUACCUGCCCCACCCCAGGAGGAUUAGAGUAAGAAGCUGGGUCCAGCCAAGGUCCAGCUUAAAAGCCAUGCUUUACCCAGCAGCAGGCUGGG